AUAAAGAUAAUUGAUAAGACACAGCUGGAUGAUGAGAACCUGAAGAAGAUAUUUAGAGAAGUUCAGAUCAUGAAGAUGCUUUGCCACCCACACAUCAUCAGGUUAUACCAGGUUAUGGAGACGGAGAGGAUGAUUUAUCUAGUGACAGAGUAUGCUAGUGGAGGGGAAAUAUUUGAUCACUUGGUGGCCCACGGGCGCAUGGCUGAGAAGGAAGCCCGGAAGAAGUUCAAGCAGAUCGUGGCUGCUGUCAACUUCUGCCACUGUCGGAACAUUGUCCACAGAGACCUGAAAGCAGAAAAUCUUCUUCUGGAUGCAAACCUUAACAUCAAAAUAGCAGAUUUUGGGUUCAGUAACAUCUUCACACCCGGGCAGCUGCUUAAAACCUGGUGUGGGAGUCCUCCCUAUGCUGCUCCAGAGCUUUUUGAAGGAAAGGAGUACGAUGGGCCAAAGGUUGACAUUUGGAGCCUCGGGGUGGUGCUGUACGUGCUGGUGUGUGGUGCCCUGCCCUUCGACGGGAGCACGCUGCAGAACCUGCGGGCACGGGUGCUCAGCGGGAAGUUCCGCAUCCCCUUCUUCAUGUCCACAGAGUGUGAGCACCUGAUCCGCCACAUGCUGGUGCUGGACCCGAGCAAGCGGCUCUCCAUGGAGCAGAUCUGCAAGCACAAGUGGAUGAAGCUGGGAGAGGCUGACCCAGAGUUUGACAGGCUGAUUGCAGAGUGCCAGCACCUGAAGACGGAGCGGCAGCUGGAGCCCCUGAACGAGGAGGUGCUGCUGGCCAUGGCAGACAUGGGGCUGGACAAGGAGCGCACAGCCCAGUCACUAAGGGCUGAUGCUUACGAUCACUACAGUGCAAUCUACAGCCUGCUCUGCGACCGCCUGAAGCGGCACAAGAACCUGCGUAUCGCGUCGUCUCCCAGUGUCCCACGGACCAUGACCUUCCCCACCUCAACCAACAUCCAGACAGAGCAGACAGGCAAUACCAUGAACAUCAAUGUGCCACAAGUCCAGCUCAUCAACCCUGAAAACCAAAUUGUGGAGACUGAUGGAACAAUGAACCUGGAUAGUGAUGAAGGGGAAGAGCCAUCACCUGAAGCUCUGGUCCGUUACCUGUCCAUGAGAAGGCACACAGUUGGAGUAGCUGACCCACGGACGGAAGUGAUGGAAGACAUGCAGAAGCUCCUGCCUGGCUUACCCCGAGUCACUCCUCAGGCUCCAUUCCUGCAGGUGACCCCGAAUGUGAACUUCAUGCACAACAUGCUGCCCAGACAGAACCUGCAGCCCAUGGGGCAGCUGGAGUACAAGGAGCAGUCCCUGCUGCAGCCCCCCACCCUGCAGCUGCUCAACGGGAUGGGCCCCCUGGGGCGCCGGGCGUCGGACGGUGGAGCCAACAUCCAGUUAAAUGCACAGCAGCUGCUGAAACGUCCUCGAGGUCCCUCUCCUCUUGUCACCAUGACACCAGCUGUCCCAGCUGUCACCCCAGUGGAUGAGGAGAGCUCUGAUGGGGAGCCAGACCAGGAAGCUGUGCAGAGUUCUAUUUACAAGGACUCAAAUACUCUGCACCUCCCCACUGAGCGCUUCUCCCCGGUUCGGCGCUUCUCUGAUGGUGCUGCCAGCAUCCAGGCUUUCAAAGCCCACCUGGAGAAGAUGGGCAAUAACAGUAGCAUCAAACAGCUCCAGCAGGAGUGUGAGCAGCUCCAGAAGAUGUACGGUGGGCACAUGGAUGAGAGGACACUGGAGAAGACACAGCAGCAGCACAUGUUGUACCAGCAGGAGCAGCACCACCAGAUUCUUCAUCAGCAAAUUCAGGACUGUAUCCGGCCACCCCAGCCAUCUCCACCCUUGCAAGCUCCAUGUGAAAACCAGCCAGCUCUCCUCACUCACCAGCUUCAGAGGUUACGGAUUCAGCCUUCCAGCCCACCCCCAAACCACCCCAACAACCAUCUCUUCAGGCAGCCCAACAGCAGCCCCCCUCCUGUGAGCAGCAGUGUGCUCCAGCCCCACGGUGCUGCCUCCCAGUCCCAGUUCCAAGGGAUGCCAUCCCACAACACAAUCUUCCCGCAGUCUGGUAACUGUUCCCCUCCCCCAGCCAUGGGGCUGACGUGCCUGGCCCUGCAGCAGCAGUCACAGCCUCAGCAGGUCACUAUCCAAGUGCAGGAACCUGGUGACAUGGUCAGCAACAACCUCCUGCAAGGGCCCUCUGUGGCCGGGCAGGGCAUGUCCUCCCACACACGGGGCAUGUCCAUCAGCCCCAGCCCCAACCAGCUCCAGAUGCAGCACCGUGCUAACCUGAUGGCCUCGCUCACCUACGGCCACCGGCAGCUCUCCAAGCAGCUCAGCGCCGACAGCGCCGAGUCGCACAGUCUGAACAUGAACAGGUAUCCCCCCACCAACUACGACCAGGUGCACUUACACCCCCACCUGUUCCCGGAGCAGCCCCGCGUUUCCCCCAGCAACUACAGCCCUUCGGGAGGAGUCGCGUUUCCUCCAGCUCAGCAAGCUCUGAAGGUCCCGCAGCUUGACCAGUAUCCCAGUUUCCCUCAAAAUGCACAUCAGCAGCAGCAGCACUACACUGCAUCGGCACUACAGCAAGCACUGUUGUCCCCAACGCCUCCCGACUACAGCCGACACCAGCAGGUACCGCACAUCCUCCAGGGACUGCUUUCCCCCCGGCACUCGCUGACGGGGCACACGGACGUGCGGCUGCCCCCGGCUGAAUUUGCACAGGUCAUCAAACGGCGGCAGCAGCAGCAAGAGUUUCAAGAGUUGUUCAGGCAUAUGAGUCAAGGGGAUGCUGGCAACAUGGGCACCAGCGUGGGACAGAACCUCUCGGAGCGCCAGUCGCUGUCUUUGCCUUACCAGAGUGCCGACACCUACCACCCACAGAGCAGCCCCCAGCACCUCCUAAAGAUCAGGGCGCAAGAAUGUAUCCAGCAGGUACCCGCCUCGGUGCCGCCCCACGGAUACGUACACCAGCCAGCCCUGUUCCAUUCGGAGAGCAUGGAGGAGGACUGUGCCUGCGAGGCUGCCAGGGACAGCUUUCCAGACAGUAAGAGUUCAAACACGUUGACCAAAGGUUGCCACGAGAGCCCCCUGCUUGUAAACGCAGGAGGGCACGGGGACCCGGAUUCUGCGCUAGGAACUGCUAAUCACGCCCAGGGGCUGGGGACACAUCCCUACAGGCAUCAGCCCGCUGCUGGAUUCAGUAGGAAUAAGGUGCCCAGCAGAGAGUCCAUCGUAGGGAACUGUAUGGACAGAAGUUCCCCCAGCCAAGCCAUGCAGGUGCCUGACCACAACGGACUGGGCUACCCCGUGCGUCCUGCCUCUAGCGAGCACCCCCGGCCCCGGGCCCUGCAGAGACAUCACACCAUCCAGAACAGUGAUGAUGCCUACGUGCAGUUAGAUAACUUGCCUGGAAUGAGUUUAAUGGCAGGAAAAGCACUAAGCUCUGCUCGGAUGUCUGAUGCUGUGCUCAGCCAGUCGUCACUGAUGGCCAGUCAGCAGCUGCGCGACAGGGAGAGCGAGGAAUGCGGGGAGAGUUUGGAAGGUCAAGAGCAUCCCAACCUAGGUGAUGGCAACCAGCAUCUAAACACCUCCUGUUACCCAUCGACAUGUAUUACAGACGUGCUACUGAGCUACAAGCACCCAGAGGUGCCCUUUGGGAUGGAGCAGGCAGGGGUGUAACCAGGAGGGAGUUUUCUGUACAGCUUUGAAACGAAAAGGUCCAUUUUAAACCAACAGUAUCUAGCAGCAUUGCGCCAAAUUGCCGUAGUAUUUCUGACUAACUGGAAUACCAUGGCCCCUUUCCUCAUAAUCAGUUCAUCCAGCGUGUUGUUCCUUUGGUUUCUUUA